AUGCAAUCUCGAAUCCGUUCGUGGAAUCGAUCAUGUUCACCAUCACAACAUUCUCAUCUUCCUUUUGAACAAUUUGUACCUCCCGAAGUGAUCUUUCUCAUAUUCAGUUAUCUCGACUUUAGAUAUUUAUUUAAAACAAUUCCGUUUGUUUGCUCCGAAUGGAGACGUUUGAUUAUUGAGAGAGUUGACACCCUUCACAUUUAUCCAAACGUUGAAAACUAUUUAGAAGAGUCAGAAAGUUGUACUAAUGUUGUCGAUAAGAAAAGAAUUCAAUACAAUGAAAUGAUGGUUGAAAAAGAUAUAAUUCCCUUUAUCAAGUACAUUACAAAAUUUGUCAAAUCAAAUCACAUGAAAAUUUCGCACUUGUUUUUGAAUGGUGGAAUAAGUAAUACCUUUAGAAAGAGACAAUAUGCUGAGCUGAUCACGUUUUACAAAUUAUGUAAUGCCUCUAAUUCGAAGUUUUCUACUUAUGUAUUCAAAUCACCAAAAGAAUCAAAUCGUGACGAAUUGCUCAAUGCCAUGAAAAAAGAAGCUGGACAAGAAUGUUGUUUCACUAAUACAUACACUAUGCCAUAUUCUGAUACUGUCAAUGUUUCAGAAUAUUGUGUGGGUGGCCUUUCAGAAAAUAUGAUUCUUUUUUCUGAUAGUGAUACUCCAUCUCUAAGUGAAUUGAUACGAGUGGUGUCACCACAUUUGAAAACUCUUGUACUCUCUCAUUGUAUUUUGAAACAACGAUUUUUGAACUCCAUAUUUGUGAACUUGUGCAACGGUUUGAAAAAUUUAGUUUUGGAACAUGUCGCAACCUUUGGAGAUGUUGAUUUAAGCAAACUUCCAGUCGAAUACUUGGACAGCACAGAAACUAUCUCUGAAAAGUUGGAAAAGAAUUGUGAAGUCAUGAAAGGCAAUUCAGUCAUUGAUGGUGAAAUAUUAGGUAAUUUAAGAAAAGCAUCUAUGGAAAGGACGUCUUCUUCUAUUUUGAGUCUUUUAGAGUCAUUGAAAAAUUACCAUGGAGAGAAGAAAACAGAAUGUUUGGAACUUCGAAUUCGAUUGGACGAGUAUUCAUAUUUUGACUCGAAUUGGUUGGAUACAAGUAUUGGAAUGACUGGAGAUCAUCUUUACUCACUUAUUGACAGUUUCAAAAAGUUGAAAUCCUUUACAAUUGAAUUUGAAACAACACUCGAUGAGCUUAUUUUUCAAAAAAGAGAUUCUCGGUUUUUUCCAACCACAAAGCUUGACCUUCCCUUGCUUGAAGAGUUGAGAUUGAAAGGUAGAUCAUUUCUUUCGAAUCAUUUUGAUGAAUUGAUUUCAAUUCCAUCAUUGAAGUUGUUAUCUUGUCAAGUAACAAGCGGUGAAGAUGUUGAACAAUUGAAGAAAUUGUUGAAAAAUUCAGAAAACCUUGAACAAUUAGAAAUUCAACUAGUGGCUGUGAAGUCUAAGGACUUUGAGAUUUCUUUGAUCGAAAUGGUCACUUCUCUCGUUGUGAACAAGGAUCAAUUGAAACAUUUGAUUUUCCGAAAUAUUUCAUUUGAGCAUGUAGAAUAUCUUGUACAGAUGAUGAAAACGAUAUCCAAUACUGAGAAAUUGAUCAAUUUAGGAGUUCAAUUUAAAGGACCAUACGAGUUACCUACACAGAUGCUUGUCGAACAUUUGAGACAGCAAGCUCCCCAAAAUAUUCGUCUUUGUUCUAAACUCCAUGCCACAAUUAAUUACAAAAUCUUCAAAGAGUCUUGA